AGCGAAAAAUGGGGUGGAGCUUUUUGAAUCCUGCAGAUGCCUUGAAAGAAGUUUGGAGCAAGAACAAUAUAAAACCAGAUACACAGCAAGAAACACGUUGUGUAAAGUUUAUUUAUUGGAUCGUUGCAGGGUCCUCCAAGUAAAAAUGCCUCCCCCUGAUAUGUACAAAAGACAUGACGAUGAAGUGGGUUCUUCAAACAACCCUGUGAAGUUCCAAUAUCAAGACUACCAGCUGUUGCAUAAGCUUUAUCUCUCCAACAAAAUGAAGUACAUUGAUGAUUCCUUUCCUGCAAACUUCAGCUCUAUUGGGAAAGGGUUGCUGUCUGAUAGGGAUAUGGCCCUAGUGAAGUGGAAAAGACCACCGGAAAUUGUAUCCGAGCCUUGUCUUGUUGUAGAUGGAGUGUCCAGAUUUGACUAUGCCCAGGGAUCUAAAUUAGGAAACUGCUGGUUUUUGGCCUCAUUUGGAGCGCUUAGCUGUCAACAGGAUAUUAUGGACAAAGUCAUUCCAGCUGAACAGUCAUUCGACAAGGAUUAUGCUGGAAUAUUUCAUUUCAAGUUCUGGCGGUUUGGGAAAUGGAUUGAGGUUGUCAUUGAUGACCGACUGCCAACAAUUAACGACAGGCUAAUUUUUGUUCAUUCAAGAACACCUAAUGAAUUUUGGCCUGCUUUACUGGAGAAAGCUUAUGCAAAGUUGUGCGGAUCCUUUGCUGACUUACAAGGUGGCUUUGUAUCUGAGGCUCUCAUUGACUUCUCUGGUGGGGUGCCCAUGCACUUUGACCUGAAAGAAGCACCUGCUAACUUGUGGAAUUUGAUGGAAAGUGCAUUCAAGUCAAGAACACUCAUGGGCUGUAGCACACCUCAAGGGGCAUCAUCAAAAAACACAGUGUUACCUAAUGGCAUAGUUGAGGGUCAUGCCUACACUGUGACAGGGGUUUAUAAGGUAAUGAGUAGAGGACAACCAGUUAGACUCGUGAGGAUGUUCAACCCAUGGGCAAAGGGUGAAUGGAAAGGAAAUUGGAGUGACGAAUCAUCUUUGUGGAUGACAGUGAGUGCAGAAGAUCGCAAAAAUUGCCUUUCUGUGGCUGAUAACGGGGAAUUCUGGAUGUCAGUGGAAGAUUACACCAAAAGCUUCGAUAACAUGGAUAUCUGUUGUCUCUCUCCUGAUUUUCUGGAUGUUACCUCUAAAUGUUCUUGGACCUCCAAAUACUAUUUUGGCCAGUGGACUUUUGGGACAGCUGGUGGCAGCAGGAAUAACAUAAGAACCUUCUGGACAAAUCCUCAAUUUCGUGUAAAGAUUGAGAAGACUGAUGAUGACUGUGCUGUUGGGAAGUGCCCUGAAAACAUAUUGGUGUCUCUAACGCAGUACAAAGAGAACAGACACAGAAAACAGUUCACCAACCUUUUAAUAUGCUUCUGUGUUUUUGAGAUACCACCUGAGAUGAAAGCUGAAACUGGGAAGUUUCCAGUUUCGUUCUUUACUACUCAAAGACCUUUGGCCGGGACUAACGUUUUCCAAAACUUGAGAGAAGUGAUGAAAUUAUUUAGGCUGGAGCCAGGAGAGUACCUGAUUGUACCAUGCACGUUAAAUCCUGGUGAAAAUGCGUCCUUUGUCUUAUCUGUUUUUACAAAGACUCAAUGUAGAAAAUGAUGCAUGUAGAAAUUGUGCUUUGUUAGUCAAAACUUUGUGCUGUGUUAGGCACCUGUUAAUUGGUUAACACUCCCCUGGUGAUAGAAUACAUUAUAUUUAUGAAAUGAAAACUUUAAAUUACAAUCCCAUAAAUGUCUGUUUGAUGCAUCAGAUUAAUGUAAAUAAUAUUAUUGUUAAGGUUUAUUCUUAUGUAACUUUUUUAUUUGUUGGGAAUUUUGUUACAUUAUAUGUUACAUUAAUGUUCCAUUAUUUUAGUUUUAUGACAGUUAAUUGCUGUUUCAUUUUAUUAGUUUCAUUGCUGUCGUUUGCAUAACAACGUGUUACAUCUUGACGUGUUUUGUUUAUUAGCCAUGCCAUGGUUUAUCCUGUAAUGGCUAAAAUGUCAAUGUAUUUUCAUAGGGAAUUUCUGGCAAAUAAAAAACAAUGAAAAUUA